AAAAAAUAAUAAAAAAAAAGCGCUGGAAAGGCCAAGCUCAUACUGGUGACGAGGACACGAAAACUGAUACGGAUCCGAAAAUGGAAGAAUCAACGGCGAAAUUAGAGAAAUCGAUAGCCGCACCCAUUAUAUUCACUAUUGUCAUAGCUCUGCAGUUCCUUUCUCGCUAUUUCGAAAUCAAUCAAAAGAAAGGUUCUACAAGUUCUGAAGAUAUGCAGUUGCGAGCAGAAAUCAAGCAGCUGUUAAAGGAGGCAAGUGCCUUGUCACAGCCUUCAACAUUUGCACAAGCUGCAAAACUGAGGAGGUUAGCUACUGCCAAGGAGAAGGAACUUGCAAAAAAUCAAGAAGUUCGCAGCAAAGAGGCGAAAAUGUCAUAUGAUACAUACACAAAAGGCCUUACUAUUUUGCAGGUCUUGACGUACGUGUUAUUGAUUAUCUGGUUUUGGCGUAUUCCUGUGGCUUCCAUAUCCAAGCAGCUCGUACAGCCCUUUGGGAAGAUGUUGUCAUGGCGAGCUGGAGGUCCUGCCAAUGAAAAUGUUAUGGUGGGGAUUAUUCCGUGGUUGAUACUGUCUACUAGAGUCAGCAAAUCUAUCAGUCGAAGAAUAUUCAAGUAGGAGCCAGAAGUAAAAGCGACGACAACAAACUGACCAAUUUUUUCCCUUUCCUUUUGAUAUCUAAUUUAUUUUAUUGUCAACUCAUUUGGAAUCUGUAAAUUGAAUGCGCUACACCUUUGUAAGGAGUAACCGUUUUCUUCUUCCGCAAGUAGGAACAAAUGCGGUGAGUUAGAAAAUCAUGUCUGAAAUGAGUGAUUUUAUACUGCUUUUUGGCUUUGAAAAGCAAAUGCAGUUUGUUUUCUUGGGUU